UUGUUUGGUAUUUUUUCCGGGCGGUGGUAUUAAUUUCGCCAUGGAGUCAGUGAUAUACAGCACGCGAAAAUAUUGGUGGAUUUGAGCAUAGUUGUGUCGCUUGCGCCUUGCGCCCCUCUAGCACUGCUCGCUGCUGGCAGGACCUCCAGGACUCAGCAGGCAGGCUCAAAAGCUGGCUGACGCGCUUAAUCAAAGAUGGAUGUUGGGGGUGCGUACGGUGGUGGAAAGGCGGGGGCGCCGUUCGACCCUAUUACAUUUGUGCAACGACCACAAGUUAUCCUGAGAGCCGUCUGUCUGCUUUUUGCGAUUAUUGUCUUCGGCUGCAUAUCAUCGCAAGGUUGGCAGCCAGAGCCAGGGAAAAAAGGAGUAGAGGUCUGUCUGUACAACAAAAAUGGCAAUGCCUGCAACUAUGGUGUUGGCAUUGGAGUUAUUGCUUUCCUAGCAUCUAUUGGAUUUUUGGCUGGGGAGUACUUGUUUGAGCAGAUGUCCUCUGUCAAAACCCGGAAGCAUUAUGUUCUGGGAGAUUUGGGAUUCUCUGGGUUCUGGGCUUUCUUGUACUUUGUGGGAUUUUGCUAUCUGUCCAAUCAGUGGGGCAAGAGUGAAGAGACACCAGUUGGAACAAGUAACAUGCAAGCAGCUAUUGCUUUCUCAUUCUUCUCUAUAUUUUCAUGGGCUGGAUGUGCUUGGUUUGCAUAUCAAAGAUUCCGUCAAGGCUCUGAUGCUGCCUUUGCUCCAAGCUACGAUGCAGAUCCUAGCUCAGUGCCUGGUGGCGCUCCUUACUCUUCAUACCCUGUGGGUCCUGAUGCUGAUGGUGGUUACCAAGAGCCUCCAUUCUCUGGUUCUCAGAACAGAGGCCCUGGAGACUUCCAGGCACCUGCAUACUAAAUUACAGGAGGUAACACAGUCUUGUGAUAAUAGUGCUUGGCUGGCUUUUACUUAGUCCCACAACAGGCGUAUAAAAUACACCAUCGGGGGUUAAUCUUGAUGUAACUAUGAAUAUUUAUGACUUUAGUCAGCCUGCAGAGGCUUUGUUGUGUGGCUUUACUUAAGGUUACAUUCAUUAUCAGUCACAUGAUGACUUAUUGUAGAGCAUUCCAGUAGUAAUUUUUGUGCGUGACCCAAUAUUGUUUGGGUACCCUCUUGUCCUGUGACAUUCAGCCUGAAAUAUUGUACAAAGUCAUUGAGUAGUGUACAUCAAGAUUUAGGCUGUUGUGUUUAGGUUUACUCUGCUUCACUUCUGUUUUGUUCUUACCCUUUAAUCAGCAUUUGUGUUGUAAGAUUUUGACCUUAUUGUACUUCAAAGUCUCGUAAAUUUUAUCAAAGCAACUUUAUUUUGAUUUAAAUAUAUUUGGAAGUAGUAAAAUUAUGUAGAUUGAUCAAAAUUUAAUUUGUUUUAAUUAAUAUUUCCAUAGGCUCCAUCAUAUUGAUCAAACUAGGUAGCAGAAUUGCAGAAGUGUAUCUUGUACAUAUGUGGUAGGAAGCAUUAAGUCAUUCUUGUUGUGUACAGUCUGUAAGUUUUGAUCUGUUAAAACAGUCUUUAGUGAUAGUUUGCAGUGGCCUGCAUAUUGCCUGAUAGCUGGUCUCUUUCUUAAUUCUCAAGCUUUGAUGAAACCUCACAAGCUUUAAAAUCUUGUAUCAUGUAAGUCUCAGUACACCAAGACAGAUUUGUCUUGCUGGAAAGUUCCACCAUUGUGAUUUAAUUUUUUUAUGAGGGAAGUGUUUUUUUUUCUUUUUGUUAAUUUAUAUUUGUGGUUGAAAUGAACUUUGUGGUGUUUAUUUUUCUGAAUGUCUUAGUAUUGGUUUCUGUACCUACUUUCUGUCCCCUUUCCUUACCUCUAUUCUGUCUACCUAUCUAGUUAUCUAGAUCAUUUCCCCAAUCACAAGUAAAGCCUCAGUGCCAUUGAUUACACAUGUUUUCAUUGUGUUUUCGUUUUUUUCAUUUGCUUUCUUUUCUUCUUUGGAAGUAAUUUUCCCCCUUGAAAUGAAUACUCAACUCUUUAGAAUUGUGCUAUUAAUGCCAGUGUGAAAACAUGUGUAGUGUGCACAAGAAUAAUUGUAUUAAGUUCUAUGCCCAUCAGAUUUUGCUCAGUUACUCCCUCUUUCACUAUUACACCUGUAUCAUAUCUUAGCUUUUGAAAUUUUCAAUGUGUUUUACAUGCAUGUUCAUGUUCCAUGGCAAUAUAUACCUUGUACUUAUUUGUGAACUUAGAGGUAUAAUUUAAAUAUUAAUAAUAAGUAUAUCUUGUCCUCACGAUGUGUGUUGGUACUUUGAUGACUCAUGACAAACCAAGCACCUAGUCUGGCAAGCAGUAUUGUACUGUUGAUUAAAGAGAAUGGUAAUUUUAUUAUUGUUAUGAAUUUCCUUAGGGAUGUUUUAGUUUUAUGAAGGCACAAAGUAUGUAGCCACCAUUCUGGAAAACAAAUCAUCCUCAUCUCCUAUUUUUUUUGUUUAUAUAGUCAUUGGUGUUGUGGGACUUGACCAUCUCAUCUGGUUGCUUAACCGAAUGUGUCAGAAAUGUGAGUAAUGAGCAAAUGUUAACCUUCACGUGUGUUUCUACAGUGGAGACCUUUUCACUCAGAUAUGUUAUUAUUUUUAAUGUCAUCUGAAAACGGUUUCAGAACCAUUUUGAUUACUAAGGUACAUCUAUUAGUAGUGCCUGUGAGACUUAAAAAUUCAAGCAAUUUUCUCACAUUUUCAUUACUUGCUCUUCAAAUUAAGCCAGAGUUAAUUGUGAUAACGGUCAAAGAGAUUACUCUUUCAAAAAUGUUUUCAAAUUAACAUAAAUAUGUAUGUUGUGUGUGUACUCUCGCACUAGUGUAAAUGAACAUCUCUUGAAUGAAGCAAGCAAGAUGCAUCUAUAAUUUUUGCUUUCCUGUUUUGUUAUUAAGAAAUUCGGGGCCAAAGAGGAUUGAGUUGUCAUUUGGUGAUUGGUUACGCAAAGAGUGUCUUGGUGGUAAGUGAAAGGUAAUUUCCAAAAUUUAUGUGCUCAUGAAAGGGGAUCUGAACAUUCUUCACUUGAAUUUCUGUGAUCUCAGUAUUACCUGCUUUUACUUUUCAUCUACAUAUGUUUCCAAUUUUGAAGAUGACAAUUAUGUACCUCAAGAGAAUAACCAUAUGAAAGUAGGAGCUAGGCAGAUCUCUUACAUUCUUGACAGCCUAACACUAAUCUCCACUUACUUAUCUCAUGCUAACUUAUGUUUUGAAUUGAUCUAAGACUUGAUCUCACUAUCCUUACAGACAAGUCCUCCUCAAAACAUCAUGUCAGUAUGAUGCCCUGUUCAUAAUAUGCUUGUUUGCUUGUAGAAAGGGUGACGACAAUACUGUCAACUUUGUAGUUUGACAAAUUUUCCUGGACUUCUUGCAGUUCUACAAUUUAUAUGCUGUUUAAGUGUGUGUGUUUCUAUGUCCUGGUUUAUAGCAAAUUUGAGGCCUAGUUCUGUAUGCUCUACAGGUCCUCUGGUCCUGUUUAUUACUGUACUUUGCAAUGUGAGCCUGAGUCAAUGUCUUGUAAUUUUUGUACAAGAUAAAUAAUGAAUGUCGAAACACUUUUUAAAUGUUUUGGAGAACCAUCGAGAUGAUGACAGCUGGUGGUCUGAUAAGCUCUACAAACAAUGAAGUUGCAUGUCACACUUUUUCUCCUUGGUUAAUGCAAAUUAGAGGAAACUUGUGGAAUUAAACUACUAUUUAUUUCAAAUAAUUCCCAGUAUCUGAGAAUACCUAUCAUGUUUCCCUUUUAUUUUUUAGGUAGGCGGCCUUGAAUACCAAAGAUUUACUUCAAAGAGCAUUCAAGUCUUCGUCUUUUUGCCAUUUCCUGUGUGAUUUUCAUGCUUGUUUGACUGCCAUGUACAUCAAGUAGCUAAGUUUGUCAAUAGUUUAAUAUAUCUACUUCUUUUUUCAGUUUAGCCACUUAAUCUUGUGGCUGCUCUGAGCUAGAGAGUUUAAUCAUCAUGUAGAUGUACCAAUAUCUCCCAUUGAAAUUUAUUAAUAUUGCUCAGUUUAAUGGGCAUUGUUAUAUCCCAUUUUCAAUUGGAAUUAUGUCCUUUGUGUGAAAUUGAUCUGUAACUGCACAAUUUGAUCUGUGGAGGUCUGAGGAUAUUUUUUUGAAAAGAUAACAUUUGCUUUGAAAAUUUGCAUUUUCAUGUUUCUUUGCCAAAGAUUGUAAAAUUCAGGCUGAUUUUCUUUUCAUGAUUUGAUUAUUCUCUAUUUUCUGAUACUUCACUCUAUGGACUAUACCUCCUCACAUUUUGGUUUAUGCAUUCUUGGUCUUAAUCUAUGUGAAGAGACCUUUUUAUUUUAGUCAUUUUCUGAAAAGUAUUCAAGUUUGUAGGUGUAGCUAUUCGUGUUACAGUUACAUGAAGUUGCACAGUGCACAGCAAUCCAUGACAGAAUACCAAGUGCAGGCAAUAUAUGUGGUUUUGGAGUUGUCAAACCAGGCUGAAAUUUACAUGAGCUAGGUAGUGCUGUUCCAAUGCAGAGCGUUAAUGACAAUGCCUGAUUUUAUAUUUUAUCUUGCUUUUUUACUACCUUAAAUUUUCUGCAAUAUUUGUGGUAUGUAGAGCAACUAAUGUUUCUCUGUGUGUAUUUUUCAGAUUAUUUUUUUCAUAUUUUCUCUCUGAAAAGGCUAUUUUACAUUGUGUUAUUGCCACCUUUGCUGUUACAAUCUUUUGGAGGUAUCAAUUUCCUCAAAUUCAUGAGAAUUAUACUUUCAGUGGCAGUUCACAAGAUCCACCCCUCAGUUCACAUUUUGCUGCUUGGUGUAUCUAGUCGUUGCUUCAAAACUGUUGUUACAUAUAGAGCGCUGUAAAUUAUGUGUUGUCUGUUGACUGUAGAAAAUGUAUAUUGGGAAGUAACUUUUGACUGUCAAUAAAUACUGUGAGAAAAACA